AUGCCGGACAACAUGAGAGGAGGAGGAGGCCUAGAAGAGAUAUUCCCCACGUCAUAUCAGAACAACGAGGAAGCUAACAUACUCGUCGCCGACUUAAUUAAAAAUACAAACCGCGUCGCGCGUUUGCUUCGGGAGUGCCGUAAACUUUUAUUAAUAAUUAGUUCGCGCGCAAUUGUCCGGGAGUGUUCCUCGCGAGUGUCCUACGCGAGAGCUGCGAGGGAAGAAGAAGAGGAUCUUACAAUCCUGAGAGGAGGACGGGGCCUAGGAGAGGCAUCCGGCUCUGGUGGAGCAACUUUGGGUAUCAUCGUAGCUUCGUGGCAGAUAACUCCGCCCAUUGCGCUUCGGGUUGGUGAGUGA